AUUCGCCUUGCUUGUUAACUAAUACUUGGCGUCUUCUGCAUUUGACCCGGUCCAAUCUUCUCGUUGUCAACACCAUCCUCUUCAAGUACGGUCGUGGUAUCGCAUAUCACACUAUCGUCCCCUAACCCUAGCCAUCUAACGCCAUCAUGGCUGACCAGACGCUGGGGACAUUGCAUUCGUUCCUGCAGAAGAACAACACCCAAACCUCAUCAGGCGGGACUGUCGUGAGCUACUCACACGACACUGGCUCCGGCCCUGUGCUGUGCGCCGUCCAUGGCUAUCCCCAGUCCAGCUACAUGUGGCGACACCUCGCUCCGUUGCUCAAGGACAAGAUUUCCCUGUUUAUUCCGGAGCAACCUGGAUAUGGCAUCUCUUCCCUCCCGCCAUCCUACGACAAGCGUGUCGUUGGUGGCCUUGUAAUGGAAGCGCUCCACCGAGUCUUUGGGAAGGACAGACCGGUCAUUUGGUGUGGUCACGAUCGGGGUGCGCGGUUGGGCCACCGAUUACUCGUAGACCGGGAUCCCUCUCAUAACAUCCAAGCCGCAAUCCUGAUGGACAUUGUCCCCACCCUCGUUCAGUACCAAGUCUUUUCAAACCCAAAGGCAAGUGUAGCCUACUUCCACUGGCCAUUCCUCGCCACCGACCUGGCUCCAACAAUGCUGGAAGCGAUGGGGGGAGGCUACUUCUGCAACCUCACCCUCAAGAAAAUCAAGGGCGGGAACGAGGAGGGCGUGAAGAGGUUCCAGGCAGACUAUGCUUGGGAUCACUACUCCCACCAAUUCAACAACCCCGAAUGCAUUGCUGGAAGCUGUGGCGACUACAAAUGGGGCGCCACCGGCGAGCCCGAGGCCCAGGAAGCCGACCAGAAAGCUGGCAAGAAGGUGAAGGUGCCAACGCUCGUCAUCUAUUCCGCAGCGAAUCUGGGCAGGAUGCACAAUGUCUCCGCCGUCUGGAAAGACUGGGUGGAGGGAGAGCUGAAGUGCCACGGGGUGGAGGAUGGGUAUGGCCAUUUCUUGCCGGAAGAAUGCCCCGAGGUCAUUGCGAAGGACGUGUUGGAAUGGAUCGAGCAUGUCGGAAAGGCAUCCUAGAUCGAUUGUAGCAUCACGCCAUCUAACCGUGAACUUUAUUGGGGU